CAAAGGGCUAUUACGGUAUUUCCUACUCGAUUGAUCCACGUCAAUAUCAUAAAUUGAAAAAUUUAUUCCUUUUUUUCUCUCUCUCUUCCUCUCAGGUCCUGUCAAACCUAAUUAGGGCACCGCUUAUCUACGCCCCCAUCCUAUCAAUCCUCGCAAACAAAUCUAGGGUCCGACGAUGAUGCAGCCGGCAACCACCAUGGUCCCUCCUCCAAUGCUCCCACAUCAGUACCAGCAACAGCCACCGCAGCAGCCAUCUCAACCAUGGAUGGCGCAGCAGCCUCAGCAACUCCCAUACCAGGUCCAUCCUUCUCAACCGCCGCCCGCAGCCGGUUAUUACUACCAACAGCCGCAGGCUCCGGCAGGCGCCGUCCCGCAGCAGCAGUACGUUGCCGGGCCAGCGGCUCAGGCUCAGCCGAUAGCGGAUGAUGGGAUCCGGAGCCUGUGGAUUGGAGAUCUGCAGUACUGGAUGGAUGAGCAGUACUUAUACAGCUGUUUUGGAACCACCGGGGAGGUGGUGGCAGUUAAAGUUAUCCGCAACAAGCAAACACUCCAGUCAGAAGGUUAUGGAUUCAUUGAGUUUGUUAGCCAUGCUGCUGCGGAGAGGAACCUGCAGACAUACAAUGGCAGCUUAAUGCCAAGUGUCGAACAGACCUUCAGAUUGAACUGGGCAUCCAUGGGAGCUGGGGAAAAGCGUGAUGAUGCUUCUGACUACACCAUAUUUGUUGGAGACCUGGCAGCUGAUGUUACUGAUUACAUGCUUCAGGAAACUUUCAGAGCCAAUUAUCCUUCAGUGAAGGGUGCCAAAGUUGUCACAGAUAGAAUAACAGGACGUACAAAGGGCUAUGGGUUUGUUAGGUUUGGUGAUGAAAGUGAACAAUUGCGUGCCAUGACAGAGAUGAAUGGGAGGUUGUGCUCCACUAGGCCUAUGCGAAUUGGUCCAGCUGCAAACAAACAAAAAGUGGGUGGUCAGACUCAGACCAAAGCUUCUUUAGUCAGUGUUUUGAGUUUCUUUGUUGCUUUUGCAAAUGGUGGCUGGCGACAGAGUGAACCUUAUUCUCCUCAUACCAAACUUCACAGGGAACUCCAAAUAUUUGUUGGGAAUCUGGACCCCAAUAUCACAGAUGACCAUCUGAGACAGGUGUUUGGCCAACAUGGACAGUUACUCCAUGUAAAGAUACCUAUGGGCAAACGAUGCGGUUUUGUUCAAUUUGCUGACAGAAGCUGUGCUGAGGAAGCUCUACGGGUGUUAAAUGGAACCCAAUUGGGAGGUCAGAGCAUUCGACUCUCGUGGGGCCGUAGCCCUUCAAACAAACAGGUUGACCCUAACCAGUAUAGUAGUGGAUAUUACGGGUGUGCCCCCAGUUAUGAAACCUAUGGAUAUGCUCCGCUACCACAGGAUCCAAAUAUGUACUAUGCAAACUAUACUGGAUAUGGAAGCUACUCACAACCACCACAACAGCAGCAGCAGAUGCAACAACCUCAGGCUCUGGAUAGUUGGGCGAUAACUGGAAGGCGAUUCCCCUUGAAGUGCUCCAAAGGUGUUGAACGGCGAGAACUAUUAUUGUCUUCUUGCUCUUGCAGUCGAGAUACUAUAUCCAUUUCGUGCUUCUCGAUUUACAGCCAUACCAGACGACGACGUUUUGGAGCUCAGACUAAUGAUGUAGAUGAUUUCAUCUCCGAUGGCGACUGA